CUAUCUUUCAACGUCUGAGAGCAUUACAAGAAUUCACAAACUACAACAAAAAUCCGUAUUCGAAUGCGACUCAUCCCAUAUUCUGUUCAUCCCAUUAUCUGCACUUUUCAAACUCUGGGUUUGCUUUUCCCGAAGUGUAACCUCCACACAUGGCCCCUGCGUUUUGGUUGUUUACUUGACAACGCUUCUAAAGGCGCAAUUGCAUCCGCCUACCUUCGUUUCCUCCCCAAGAUCUUUCCUACAUUGAUCAAUUGCUCCUUCUUGUCAAGACUGCUCAUUGCAUAUCAAGACCGCAUCGUUCUUGCUUUGCUAUACAGGCAAGAUGGCUUCAGAAGGAGCGAUGGCAAACCAGUACUCAGUAUUAGAAGAGUUGGGCAGUGGCAGCUUUGGGACUGUGUACAAAGCAAUUGAUAGAGCUACAGGAGAGGUUGUUGCGAUCAAGCAUAUUGACCUGGAAUCCAGCGAAGACGACAUCCUCGAGAUCCAGCAGGAGAUCUCCGUACUGAGCACAUGUGCAAGUCCGUUCGUCACUCAGUAUAAAGCAAGCUUCCUUCGUGGGCACAAGCUAUGGAUUGUUAUGGAGUAUCUUGGUGGUGGUUCAUGUCUGGAUCUGCUGAAACCCGGAGUCUUCAACGAAGCACAUAUUGCAAUCAUAUGCCGCGAACUCCUCCUCGGCCUCGAAUAUCUACAUCAGGAAGGAAAGAUACAUAGAGACGUCAAGGCUGCCAAUGUCUUGCUCUCCAGCACCGGCAAAGUCAAGCUGGCAGAUUUCGGAGUUGCUGCGCAACUCACCAACAUCAAGUCGCAACGCAAUACGUUUGUUGGUACGCCUUUCUGGAUGGCUCCGGAAGUUAUACAGCAGGAGGGCUACGAUUACAAGGCGGAUAUCUGGUCUCUCGGUAUCACAGCAAUGGAGCUUGCUAAUGGCGAGCCCCCAAAUGCAGCCAUUCAUCCUAUGAAAGUCUUAUUCCACAUCCCCAAGCAGCCGGCUCCCAGAUUGGAAGGUUCCAAGUUCAGCAAGGAUUUCAAAGAUUUCAUUGCCCAAUGUCUUAUCAAAGAUAGUGAUAGACGUGCAUCCGCCAAAGAGCUCUUAAAGCACAGAUUCGUUCGAUCGGCUGGGAAAGUCGAGGCAUUACAGGAAUUGAUUGAAAGGAAGCAAGAGUGGGAAGGUGGACGGACCCGACCUUCACAUCCGCGAUUCUAUGAAGAGACCCUCGACACAUUAUCUCCCAAGACUGAGCCGGAUGGUUGGGUCUUCGAUACUGUCAAAGCAGCUACAAUAGCUCCUCGGAAGAGUACCACCAAAAGGCGGAAGCUAUCUGUCAUACACGCCAAUGGCCAAGAUGUUCAUGCUGGUCCUGAAGAAGCUAUGAAGCGACUUGAUUUGAAGGAUUCGCCGCUGGAAUAUUCCUCUUCCCCUCCUUUGACGGUUAAGAAAAGCACGAUGCGAAAACAGCCAUCGAUCAUGGAACUUGCUUCACCUACCAAGACCCGACAACCAAGUGUUCAGAAAAAGCCUCUUCAGCCUGACUUGACUUUUGGCAAUACUGGAUCUACCGUUCGCCUGUUCCGUAGAGUUUCAGACAACUCUACAUUGGCACAAGUCGACUCAGAUGUCUCGAGCACUUCGAUUACUCGUGAUGAGAAUAGACCGCCAAUGAGCGAGACGGUAUCGAAAGAAGCCGUGCUGGGUAGGCGAGUGUUCAACAAAGUUGUCGAUCCAGCUUUUCAGGAAAUCCAUGCGCAGACCGGCAACCAGGCCAAACGGGAAGCAUUGUCCCGCCUUGCUGAUGCAUGGAGUGCGCUCGAUGCGAUUGAUCCUGAGGGAGAAUACCAGCUCAUCAAGGCAAUGAUUGAGAAGGUACAGGGUGAUUCGAAGCUGUCUGCUCUUUUGUCCCCAGCCAAGGCAUCGUCCAGGGACGGAACUCCACAAGCAUCGCCACAAAAAUCACCAACAAAGUUGGUGUUGGCCCAGAACAAUCCUCACCUCAAAUCACACCGCCGCAGGCAAUCAAGCAUGCUGCCAGAGGCCGAGAAGGAGAGGUUAUCCAAUCUACCUGGACAAGCAGUCACUGGUAUGGAACAUACCAAGCAGCUUGCAGAUGUGCUCUAUGGUCGCUGGGCGGAUGGACUUAGAAAUCGUUGGCCAGCGGUUUGAACCAUUGGUUUUCUGCAUUGCAGGCGCACAUAAGCAUCGAGUACAAAUCAUUUCAGGAGUCGUACAAAAGUCUGUCUGAUUCGAAUGCACAGAGAAGAAGCAACAUAGAAGAGGCACGGUAUCAUUAAAGCGGGUGAACAGCAGAUCUGGGAUUCACUGUACCAAUCUGGAGGAGGAAUGAUGAUUGAUGAUGAUAAUGCCUCUCUUUCUGUUGUUUUGGGGAUUCUUCUUUGCUUCUGGACAGGAAUAGGAUAAGGUGCUGUAUAGUAAUUUGUAGAAUCUUGUUUGAGGUAGAUAGCAUCCAAUAGGAACGGGGACAUUCAAAGUAUGAAAUAUUUUGGAUU